AUGAUUGAACCACGAUCAAAAGGUGGAAGUUUUGCAGAGGGAAAAAUCACCAGAGGGAAAGAGACUCUUCGACUGAGAUCCAAAGGCCCUGCUACAGUGGAAGAAAUGCCUUCAGAUGUUGAAGAAAAGGCUACUAAAAAAGUGGAUGAUCUUCUUGAAAUGUACAUGGGAAUAAGAGACCUUGAAUUAGCUGCAACAAUGGUAGAAGCGGGAAAAGGCAAGAACAACCCAGAUGAGUUUGCAGUUGCACUCGAUGAAGCUUUAGGAGACUUUGCAUUUCCAGAUGAGUUUGUCUUUGAUGUGUGGGGAGCCAUUGGAGAUGCAACGCAAGGACGAUUUUAAUGAGAAUUGUUAAAGUUUUUUGGAGCACAAUGUCACUUGUCUGCAGGCAUAAAACAUACAACUAUAUACAUGGCAUGGAAUAUGGAGCAUGUAUUAUUAAUAGAAGCAUUUAAAUAUUCAGAAAUCUGCAUAAAUCAAACUAUUAUUUGUUAAUGAUACACAUUUCUUUAAAAUAAAGAUGGCUUCAAGACUGUACUCAAGAAGCUUUAAGUUCAUACAGCACUUAAUUUGAAAUAGUCACUUGAAAUAUUUGCAAAACAGUAUUCUUUGGUAGUUAGUUUGCAUAUUUACUUUUCUAAAUUGAUAUGGUCAGUUGUCAAAAGAGGGCAAGUUGACUAUCCCAUGAUGAUCAUGACAGGCAUAUUGCCAGUAGCUGUUGAACCUGAGCAAAAUUUCACUGAAAAAUAUACACCUGCCCAUUUGUCAUUUUCCCACAAUUACCCCAAUAGGUACAGUGCUAUAUUUCCAGCAUUUUCUUCCUUAAAGCAGUACUUUGUGUCUAUGGGGAAAGAGGAAGACCCUACUUCAGAGGAGAGGCCGUAAGUCACCAAUGGUAGAGUGCAGAGCUUGGCAAAGUUACUUUUUUUGAACUACAACUCCCAUCAGCCCCAGCCAGCAUGGCGUUGGCUGGGGCUGAUGGGAGUUGUAGUUCAAAAAAGUAACUUUGCCAAGCUCUGGUAGAGUGUAUGCUUUGCACAUAUUAAGACCUUGGCUUAUUCCUUGGCAUGUCCAGUUAAAGCAUUUUGGGAAGGGCUGGGAAUUUUAAGACACUAACAGUUGCUGCCAGCAGUGAGAAAUAUGGACUAUUAGUCUGACUCAGUAUAAGACAACUUCUUAUUUUUAAAUAUAUGUGUUAUUUAGGGUUGCCAGGUACAUGGCCUGAGACUGAUCCUGUAUCUUU